AUGGCUGCAGGAUUCCUGGUUCCCCUGCCGGUGCUCACGGGGCUGUUGCUGUUCCUGUGUGUUGGGCCCCGGGCUGAAGGUGGGAAGGUGCUGGUCUUGCCCAUGGAUGGCAGCCACUGGCUCAGCAUGAAGAAGGCCCUGCAGGAGCUCCAUGCCAGAGGCCACGAAAUAGUGGUCGUUUCGCCAGAGGUGAAUCUGCAUAUCAAAAAAGAGGACUUUUUCACCCUGAUGACCUACGCCAUUCCGUACACCCAGGACGAAUUUAAUGACCUCAUACGGGGCCACUCUUAUCAGGUUUUUGAAAAAGUACAUUUUCUAAAGAUGUUUUUGAAAAUCACGGAAAAUUUGAAAACUGCUUCUUUCAUUUAUCAAAGGUCUUGCAAGGAGCUGAUGUACAACAAGGACCUGAUCGGGCACCUGAACUCCAGUUCCUUUGAUGUGGUUUUAACAGAUCCUGUUUACCCCUGUGGGGCAGUCCUGGCUAAGUACCUGUCACUGCCUGCCGUGUUUUUUUUGCGCUCUGUUCCAUGCAACUUAGAUUUUGAGGGCACGCAGUGCCCAAACCCUUCCUCAUAUGUUCCUAGGCUAUUAACAAUGAAUUCAGACCACAUGACGUUCCUGCAAAGGGUCAAGAACAUGCUCUACCCUCUGUCCCUGAAGUACAUUUGCCACUUUGUUUUCACUCCUUACGCAAGCCUCGCCUCUGAGCUCCUGCAGAGAGAGGUGUCGGUGGUGGAUGUUUUCAGCUCUGCAUCCAUGUGGCUGUUCAGAGGAGACUUUGUACUGGACUACCCCAGGCCAGUGAUGCCCAACAUGGUCUUCAUCGGGGGCAUAAACUGUGUCAACAGGAAGCCAUUAUCACAGCUGAACGGGCAGGUGGGCAGGUGA